AUGACUUUCGCUGAUUGGCCGACUUACAUUUAUAUUGAUAAUGAAACAUCAAAUAUUUAUGUGACUAUUCUCAACUUAAACUUUUUACAAAUAUGGCCAUCAAAUGUCACUAUACCACCAAGUGGAAUCAUGGGUAGUUGCGUUCUGAACAAAUUGAAUCGACCUACUAAUUUUGUUGUUGAUUCUCUCGGUAAUAUAUACAUUUCAAGUUUGUCAUGCCAUUGGGUGACGAAAUGGGCUCCAAAUGCUACAACUGGAACACUCGUAGCCGGAUCACCAACGGGAACACCAGGUUCUAAAAAGCACCUUCUCAACUUACCGUACGGUCUUGUUCUCGAUGAACCAUACUCAACACUAUAUGUGUCUGAUCGCAACAAUCAUCGCAUACAAAAAUUUACGUUGGAUAAUUCAAAUGGCGUAACUGUAGCUGGUGGUCAUGGUGCUGGUUCAGCAUCUAAUCAACUUAAUCGUCCUACUACGAUUAUAAUAUCUCGAAUCGAUCGUGCGUUGUAUAUUUGUGACAGCCACAAUAACAGAAUUCAAAAGUGGGCAAUGGGAGCAUCGUUUGGUAUCACCCUAGCUGGAAGUGCCAGUGGUUUAGCGGGUAAUUCACUAUAUUUACUCAACACACCUUAUGACAUAUGGAUGGAUUCGAACGAAACGUACCUGCUUAUAUCAGACAGUUCUAAUUGUCGUGUACAACGAUAUAUGCUUCGAUAA